UCCUCCCACCAUUUUAACUGCGGCGUAAACGCUAAACGUUGUCUAGUGUUGAAAAAACAGUUGUUUGUGCAUAAUAAACUCCAAAAAAGUGAUUUGUUCUCCUCACCAAGGAUUUUCUGUGAAUACCACGGAACAAUGAACGGUACAAUGGCGAUGACUACUCCACCUCACAACAGCAUGGAGCCACCAAUGAAGAAAGCCCGCGUAGAAGGUAUAUUGCUAAACCAUGUUACAGCGGAGAGAGUGACAGUACAGAAUCUGUGUGGCCUACGACUGAGCUGUGAUCAUGAGCGUGCGCCAAACAAUCUGAAAGUGAAUACGCUACGCACUCGUUGAUACAGAAAACAAUAUAAAUUAUUUAAAAAAUCGAGUUUUUCGGUUUAAAUGAAAGUUUUUGAGUUGAGGACAAUAGAUUUGUUCUGUUCUGACAGCGCUACAUGAUAGAAUUUCAAUCAGAUUAGAUAUCUCGUCGCAACAAGUCUCUCUCUAUCUCUCUCACGGACUAAAACCCCAUGCGAAAUAAUUCAUUGAGUGAGGCCCCAAUUCUCGAACAGUUAAGCCGGUUUAGGUGUAUUCACAGAGGUCAAAGUGCAAAUACACGUUAACAAAACGUAUCACAUGAUUAUUUCAUUCAAAAUAAAUUGACGACAGGGAAUUUAUCAACGAGAAAUACCAAAGAAUAGUUACGUUCUCAACGUGUUUUCUGAUUUCUGUUACAGAGACUAGCUGAUGCACUCGUGUAUAUGAAAAAUAUUAAUAUCGAUUAAGCAUAUAUUUUGAGGAUUUAUUAAUAAUUUGUCCAAUAACGCAGGUGAAUCGCAUUAAAACGCGUCUUGUACGUACGUUUUUUUUUUCAUCGUGAAUUUUACAUUAUUUUCAUGAUUAAUCUGUAAUUUUUUCAUUGUUUUAUUUAUCCCACUGAAUCGGGUGUGACUUGACUGUUUUAAUUUCUUUAAACUUACAGUGAUACAACGGAUGAGAUCCGGCUCUGGGAGCUGCUGCACGGCACCGAUAACUGUCUCAUUUCAACCCCCCCUUAAGUCCUCGUCUAUUAAAAUGAAAGAAAUUUUAACGAUUAGAGAUUCAUUUGAGUUGCUUCGUCAAGAGUUAUUUGAUUUCUCUGUUUCUCUCUUCAAUCAAGAAUUUACAUCUGCAUCUGUUAGAGAUUAUUCAUUGACAAUUUGUGGUAUUCUUCUUUGACUGUGUAAAGAUGAUAUUGAUUUUUAUCCCGUCAACCCCCCCUUGCAAUUCUUCUCUGAAUGACAAUAUGAGACAAUUCGUCCAGCAUGUCUUCACCAUCACGAGAGAUCAUUAGAUUUAAUUCAAUUGAGAGUAAUUUUGAGAUGCUUUUGAAGGUGGUUUGCGUGAUGGUGGAGAUAUUUAACGGUUUAUUUGUGAUGAUUGAUUAUUAAUUUGAUAUUUCUUCGCAGGAAAUGCUGGGGAAUUCCUGCCUGGCCCUAUUUAUGAUCUCAAUCAGACUGGGCAAGUUGUUGCUGGCCCCGGAGCCAAGUAUCUCACACUGCCCGGUAUCCUCGGUGCUGGGCUACCAAAAAUAUCAACUGAACAGCAGGAUGCUGUCAACAAGGCGAAGAAGUAUGCCAUGGAGCAAAGCAUCAAGAUGGUCCUGAUGAAGCAGACCCUCGCCCACCAGCAGCAGCAAAUGGCUAGUCAGCGGAAUCAGGUGCAGCGACAGCAGGCUCUCGCCCUCAUGUGCAGGGUCUACGUGGGGAGCAUAAGCUUCGAGUUGAAGGAAGACACGAUUCGCCAGGCAUUUCUGCCAUUCGGGCCUAUCAAAUCCAUCAACAUGUCCUGGGACCCAGUGACGCAGAAGCACAAGGGAUUCGCAUUCGUCGAGUAUGAGAUACCGGAGGCUGCGCAACUCGCGCUGGAGCAGAUGAAUGGAGUUAUGAUUGGUGGAAGAAAUAUCAAGGUCGUUGGACGUCCCUCCAACAUGCCCCAAGCGCAAUCAGUGAUCGACGAAAUAACAGAAGAGAGUAAGCACUAUAAUCGCAUUUACAUCGCUUCGAUUCAUCAAGACCUGACGGAGGAGGAUAUUAAAUCAGUUUUCGAGGCAUUUGGUCCAAUUACCUAUUGCAAAUUGGCGCAGGGCAGUUCGCCCCACAGACACAAGGGAUAUGGAUUCAUCGAGUACGAGACAAUGCAAUCUGCACUCGAGGCAAUUUCCUCGAUGAAUCUCUUCGACCUUGGUGGACAGUAUCUCAGAGUUGGACGGGCAAUUACUCCGCCCAAUGCACUCAUGGGACCACCCAGUGGUAGUAGCAUGAUGCCAACUGCUGCUGCUGUUGCUGCAGCUGCUGCAACAGCCAAGAUUCAAGCGAUGGAUGCUGUUGCCAGUAAUGCUGUGGCUCUGGGGCUCACUAAACUUGGAGCUAAUGCACCUCCUAUUUUGAAUACCACUCUCCCAGGUAUCGUCAGACCAACAGUGACUCCAACGACAGCAAUGGCACCUCCAACAGUAGCAACAGUGGCUCCAAUAAUCCCUCCCCCUGGGAUUGCAAUUCCCCAGACAUUGGCUCGACCCCCAGCAAUUAUUCAGCCAAUUCCAGGGCAGCCUGUCAUCAUUCCUCCAGCUGCUGUGGUGCCUCCAGUGGUCGCUGCACCAGUGGUUCCAGUCAGCACUCCACCAGUAGCAGACAUUAACAGACGAGCCCAGGAGCAGGCAGCCCAUCAGAAGCAGCAGGAAGAGCUCCAGAAGAAGCUCCUGGAAGAAACCGAGCCCCAGACCCUCCAACAGCAGGAGAACAUGUCGAUAAAGGGACAGAGUGCACGUCACCUCGUGAUGCAGAAGCUGAUGAGAAAAGUUGAGUCACGAGUGGUUAUUCUCAGAAAUAUGGUUGCACCGGAGGAUGUGGACGAGAGUCUUCAAGAGGAGAUUCAAGACGAGUGCUCUAAAUUCGGAGUUGUCGAGAGAGUUAUUAUUUAUAAUGAGAGACAGUCGGAGGAUGACGAGGAUGCUGAAGUCAUUGUGAAGAUUUUUGUUGAAUUUUCACAGAUGAGUGAGGCAGAAAGAGCGAGAGAUUCUCUCAACGGUCGUUACUUCGGUGGUAGACUGGUAAAAGGUGAACUCUACGACCAAGCCCUCUUCGACCACAGUGAUUACUCAGGUUGAAGAAUCACUGUUCCAAUUACUACCUAAUUAGAGAUAGUUGACGUUUUUUUUUCCUAUGGAAGAAAUACUCUGGAUCAAGUAACGAAAUAAUGAAGCCGGGAAAUUCCCAAGUGUAAAAAGAAGGAGAGUAAAUGUUAUUCAGACUCAUUACUGAUUAUCAGUACUGAGACGCAAUCCCACAUAACAAAACGAUUGAUUUGUUCAUGUUUAUGUAUUUCUUUUGAAUGAAGUAGAUCUUGUACCUUGUAAUUCUUUUCCUCGAGUUACUGAUGGUUAAACUAACAUCAAUUGAACCCCUGUCAGUAAACUGAAAUAUUAAAUUGUUUCCAUAAAACGUGUGGUAAGAGAUGGAUCAAAAUAAUUAGGUCAUUGUAGUAAAUUCACUCUAUUAUAAUAAAUAUUUACAAUUUUUAUAAUA